CCUCUCGCGUAGUCGUAUCAUCCGUCCAUGAGUCUCCGAAAGAACUACCUCCCAGGGUUCUUACCCUGGGACUAUGAAUCAGUGCCUCUAUCACGUCACACUGACGUCGCAGAAUUCAUAUCCAGCGUCAUCCAUUUUCUAGAAGAAAAUGGCUUCCACGGUUCGUUCGACCUUCUGCCUGUUGUCUCCUUCGAUGAACAGAGUAAGAUUACCUCUAGAGUAAAGAAAGCAUUAAAGCGUCUAGGCAUAUUCCCUCAUUUCGUCCGCAAAAUAGGUGAGCCAAGAGAACAGCAAAUUUCUGAUAUUGAGAUCCGUAGAAGAAUCAAAGCAUGGUAUGAAGGUCACCUAGCUAACAAUACAAGGGGUGUACUUGGUUUGAUGGCGGCUGAUGGAGGUUACAUACCUCAGCUCCUAGAGAUUCAGAAUGAGGGUGGUUUUGAGAUUGUUAUAAUCAAUCGCCCAGGAGUGGCAACCCACUCUUUCUACACAGUGUUGUCGCAAUUUCCUGUCAUAACAGAUUCUGUAGCUAUGGUCCAAAGUUAUCAGAAUAGUGCUGGUUUAGCUAGUGGAUCUGGUUCUCGUUUUGGUGGUAAUCGUUUUGGAGGUAAUGGUGGACGUGGAUGGGGUGGACGUGAUCAGGGCGGUUAUGGUCGGGGUGGACGUGAUCAGGGCGGUUAUGGUCGGGGUGGACGUGAUCAGGGCGGUUAUGGUCGGGGUGGACGUGAUCAGGGCGGUUAUGGCUGGGGUGGACGUGAUCAGGGCGGUUAUGGCUGGGGUGGACGUGAUCAGGGCGGUUAUGGCUGGGGUGGACGUGAUCAGGGCGGUUAUGGCUGGGGUGGACGUGAUCAGGGCGGUUAUGGCUGGGGUGGACGUGAUCAGGGCGGUUAUGGUCAACACCAGGCGUCAGAGUACUGUGGCCCUCUCACCAUCACGGGUGAAUCCGCCGCCAUUCAGCCGUUUCCAUCUGGUUCUCCCGAAAGCUUACUUGUGGAAUUUGGCAAAAUAUUUGACAAUUUGAUCACACAUCUAUCUAGUGAAGAACACCAUGAGCUGCAGCUGGCUUGGACUACUGUGCCUGUGCCUUCUCAUCCACCGGUUGCUCCUACUGCCAUGUUGUCCGACCUGUUGCGAAUGAGUAGUGGACAUUGCUUGGAUGCUCAACUAACUGAGGAAAACCUAGAGGCUGUGCUCCUCGUCGGAUCUAAGGCUGUAACAUCGGUCUAUUGGGACAUGGAGACGUGUCCUGUUCCACUUGGCUGUGCUCCUCGUCGGAUCUCUCCCAUUGGUGCAGUAGAAGACGUCCCUUAUGACAUCCUGAGAGAAAUCUAUCCCAGUGGAAUCAGCGUCCCUUACGACGGGGAAGGUGAAUAUGAAUCGACGGCGGGGCGUCCGACAGAACCAGCGGAUGCUUCCAUGGUAGAACCUGCAAAAGAAACCGCAGAUACGACAGAACCAGAUGUUUCCAUGGUGAAACUUGGAAGUGAAACCGUCGGGAUGCAAACUGAUCCGACAGAGGAAGCAGAAGUUGAUGCUUCCGAGAGUCACUCAGGAAACGAAACCGUCGCCGAGAUAAGGGAUGAUGCUGAAGGACAAGCAGCAGUUGCUGAUUCCGAUAUUCAACUUGGAAAAGAGAGUCCGAUAGAACCGAGUACUGGAGCAGUAGAGGCUGCAGAGGAGGAACUCGUGGGUGCAUCAGAGGAAGAGGAAGAGACCGAUAGUGCUCAGGAUACAUAUGAGGAAGAGGAUGAUGCUGUUGGUAAUGCUGGUGAAGAGGAUGAGCAUGGUGAUGUUGGUACUGGUAAAGAUGGUAUAGAGGCUGAAGAGGAUGUUGGUAUAGAGGAGGAGGCUGCUGCUAAAGAUGGUAUAGAGGAGGAGGCUGCUGAAGCUAGUAAGGACGUUGCUGGUAUAACAGCUGAUGAUGAUUCUGGUAAUGAUGAUGAUGAAGAUGAUUCCCAGCCACUGCCGCCAGAGAAGAUGUGCUUAGAUAGUUCAGAAUACACCAAAGGGUGUAAAAUAGGAACUAGGUGUAAUGUGACUGAGACAGUGAAGUUGAUAGAGAAAGAGUUUAAAGACGAGGCAAUAUGGUUCAGAAGUCACCCUCAGUUCAAGCAUGAAUACCCGGAGAAGCAUGAGGAAAUGGGGAAUUUGAGGUUUGUGAAGAGAAUCUUCAAAAGGACUGAGAAGAUAAAGGCAUCUGAUGUAUUAGCUAAGUUGAAGGAAAAGAAGAGUUGGAAAGGAGCUGAUAAGAAGAAGUUAGUAGUCUUGUAUUUCCUAUGCAAGAUACUAAAAGCAAGCUCAAAAAGUGAUGGCAACAUAGUAUCCUUUCUCUUAAGGAUUGUUGAUGAUUUGGAUGCAUGUGAGACAUAUCCAUGGGGUAGGUAUUCAUUCUCAGAAUAUAUGAAAGGGAUCCGGAAUAUGAUGAAGAAUUUGAAUGGGUCUGUCAAACCUAAAGCUCAACCUAGCUUUAGUGGAUUCAUUGUACCUCUGGAGAUUCUGGCUUAUGAGGCUAUUCCACAUCUUGGACUGAAAUAUAGAGUACCUGAUAUUGACAGCAUCUUGGUACCAGACCAAUAUGAGAAAUCUCUGUUGGCUGGAAUCAUUGAAGAUAAUGUUGAUGAUGGCCUAGGGCAGAUUGAUAUCAUUGUUGACAGUUGGAGAGAGCGUCUAGUAGAAAAGAAGAAAAAGAUAUGGUGGGAAGGAAUGUACCAGCUGGACCAGGCGUCCCGAGAGAUUGGAAAUAAGUUUCUUGAGAAUGAAGACCCUGAGCAAGAAGUCCCUGAGCAAGAAGUCCCUGAGAAAGAGAGUUCUGAUAUUGCUAACCUUGUUGCAUCUAUAAACUCACUAACAAAGGUGGUGAACAAUGGCUUUCAAGCCAUUAAUGAGAAGUUGAGUGACAUGGAGAAUAGAGUGAAGACUCUUGAAGUUGCUGUGGCAUCCCAUGGUCCGGUGUUUACGCCAUAUGGGUCGCCUGUGGAAGCACAAUAUGGGACAAGAACUGAUUUUGAGGGUGGGCAGCCGAGUCAACCGAGUCAAACCAUGGAUUUGGUUAUGUAUAAUCCCAUUUCUCCAACUGUUCCAGAACAAGGUGAGUGUAGAAGUUUCUUGGUUAAUUCCUGAACUUUUAAAAUGGACUAAUAAACUGUUUUCUUUGUA